CAGACAGAGGGCUUGUGAUAGGCUCUGCCACUCAGAUCACCAUGUACAGCUUCAUGGGUGGCGGCCUCUUCUGUGCCUGGGUGGGGACCAUCCUCCUGGUGGUGGCCACAGCCACAGACCACUGGAUGCAGUACCGGCUGUCGGGGUCCUUCGCCCACCAGGGCCUGUGGCGAUAUUGCCUGGGGAACAAGUGCUACCUGCAGACAGAGAGCAUCGCUUAUUGGAAUGCUACCCGGGCCUUCAUGAUCCUGUCCUCCCUGUGCGCCACCUCGGGCAUCAUCAUGGGCAUCCUGGCCUUCGCUCAGCAACCCACCUUCACCCGCCUCUCCCGGCCCUUCUCUGCCGGCAUCAUGUUUUUCGCCUCCACCUUUUUUGUCCUGUUGGCCUUGGUCAUUUACACUGGAGUCACUGUCAGCUUCCUUGGUCGCCGAUUUGGGGACUGGCGCUUUUCCUGGUCUUACAUCCUGGGCUGGGUGGCCUUGCUCAUGGCCUUCUUCGCAGGGAUUUUCUACAUGUGUGCCUACCGGAUGCAUGAAUGUCGGCGCCUGUCUGCUCCCCGCUGAGCCCAAUGUACCCCCAACUUCAUCUGGAGGUUAAAUGGGGCCACAGAAAAGGAGGGGGAGGGUCUAGAGGCCUGAAGUCCUGGUUCCUGUGGGCAGGAGGGGGCUCAAUUGUGGACUCUGGGCGGAGGCCUCUGACUCCUGUGUCCUGAGGGGGAAGGAGGAAGAAUGGGGCCUGGUGGGGAGGCAGUUGAGAAGACCCAAGGCCCAGCCCAUGAAGGGGGGGUGUUAGAGAAAUGGGAUCCCCAUUAGAGCGACUUUUUGAGAGUCUAAUAAAACUGAUGUGAAACUA